UGGGUCAAAGUCUGAAGCAAUCUUGGUUCAGCAGUUUAGUCCAUCAUUGCUAAAUGUCUUAAAUAAAGCUUGUAAAGGCUUCAAACAUAUUUCCUCUAGUCUCUUCUCAGUUUUUCAAGAAAUGAUUGCUUGAUCUCUGUCCUGCCAAAUUAAAGUGGCUUCUCUAAUCUGAUCCUGGAAACAUUAAUGGAACAUAGUCAUGUCUACACAGGAAGAAAGGCAGAUCAAUACGGAAUAUGCUGUAUCUUUACUGGAGCAGUUAAAGCUGUUCUAUGAACAGCAAUUAUUAACUGACAUAGUUUUAAUUGUUGAGGGUACUGAAUUCCCAUGCCAUAAGAUGGUUCUUGCUACGUGUAGCUCUUACUUCAGGGCUAUGUUCAUGAGCGGGUUGAGUGAAAGCAAGCAAACCCAUAUCCAUCUGAGGAAUGUGGAUGCAGCCACUUUACAGAUCAUCAUAACUUAUGCUUACACGGGUAAUUUGGCAAUAAGUGACACAACAGUUGAACAGCUUUAUGAAACGGCCUGCUUCUUACAGGUAGAAGAUGUAUUACAACGGUGUCGAGAAUACUUAAUUAAAAAAAUUAAUGCAGAGAACUGUGUGCGGCUCUUGAGUUUUGCUGACCUUUUCAGCUGUGAAGAGUUAAAACAGAGUGCUAAGAGGAUGGUAGAACACAAGUUCACAGCUGUAUAUCAUCAGGAGGCUUUCAUGCAGCUCUCUCACGAUCUUUUGAUAGAUAUUUUGAGCAGUGACAAUUUAAAUGUGGAAAAGGAGGAAACAGUUCGUGAAGCUGCUAUGUUGUGGCUGGAGUAUAACACGGAAUCUAGAUCACAGUAUUUGUCGUCUGUUCUUAGCCAAAUAAGAAUUGACGCACUUUCUGAAGUUACACAGAGAGCUUGGUUUCAAGGCUUGCCACCAAAUGAUAAGUCAGUUGUGGUUCAAGGAUUGUAUAAAUCUAUGCCUAAGUUUUUUAAGCCAAGGCUCGGGAUGACUAAAGAGGAGAUGAUGAUUUUCAUUGAAGCUGCUGCUGAAAAUCCCGGUAACCUUUACUCUUCAGUAUGCUACAGCCCGCAGGCUGAAAAAGUUUACAAGCUCUGCAGCCCUCCUGCUGAUUUGCAUAAGGUUGGAACACUUGUAACUCCUGACAAUGACAUUUAUAUAGCAGGUGGGCAAAUUCCACUGAAAAACACAAAAACCAAUCACAGUAAAACAAGCAAACUUCAGGUUGCCUUCCGAACUGUGAAUUGCUUUUACUGGUUUGAUGCCCAGCAGAACACUUGGUUUCCAAAGAGUCCAAUGCUGUUUGUUCGCAUAAAGCCAUCUCUGGUUUGCUGUGAAGGCCACAUCUAUGCAAUUGGAGGAGACAAUGUCGGCGGAGAGCUAAACAGGAGAACUGUAGAAAGAUAUGAUACUGAGAGAGAUGAGUGGACCAUGGUAAGCCCAUUGCCCUGCUCAUGGCAAUGGAGUACGGCAGUUGCUGUUCACAACUGCAUUUAUGUAAUGGCGCACAAUUUGAUGUACUGUUACUUCCCUAGGUCAGAUGCUUGGGUUGAAAUGGCUAUGAGACAGACUAGUAGAUGCUUUGCUUCAGCUGCUGCUUUUGGAGACAAAAUAUUUUACAUUGGUGGCUUGCAUGUUGGCAGCAACUCCGGUAUAAGGCUCCCAACUAGCACUGUAGAUGGGUCUUCCGUAACCGUGGAAGUCUACGAUGUGAAUAAAAAUGAAUGGCGAACGGCAGCCAAUAUCCCUGCCAAGCGGUAUUCUGACCCCUGCGUCAGAGCGGUUGUCAUCUCCAACACUCUAUGUGUGUUCAUACGAGAAACCCACAUGAACGAGAGAGCCAAGUAUGCCACCUACCAGUACGAUAUGGACCUUGACCGGUGGUUCUUGCGGCAACAUAUUUCUGAGCGGGUGCUAUGGGACCUAGGGAAAGACUUUCGAUGCACUGUGGGAAAGCUCUAUCCAUCUUGCCUUGAAGAGUCCCCAUGGAAGCCUCCACCAUAUCUCUUUCCACCAGAUGGAGCAGAUGAAUUUGAGCUGCACGGAGAGAUGGUUACGCUACCGCCUGUCUAGCUCCCAAAACUCAGACUGCA